AAAGAAAACCAGAAAGAACAGGGACUAGUUUAUCCGCCGCGCUUUGAAAUCUCCGUCCCUUUCUCUACUAACUCUCAACUCCUCAGUCCUCUACGGACUAUUCGAGGCUCUCCUUUACUCCCAUUCCCAUAUUAACCACCCUUCCCAAUCCCCCUCAUUCUCAUUUCCUAGAUCCCCCUCUUUUUCUUUUUCUCUCUCGCUCUCAAAAAUGCAGGCCUCGCUUUCUCUCCCUACUCUCUCCCCCACCAUUCCCAGAUCAAACUACGUCGUUCAGUCCACGCUGCCUCUCGCUCCCUCCAAGCCGAUCAAUCUCCGCUUCUGCGGUCUCCGGCGAGAGGCCUUCGGGUUCUCCUCGCUCGGCCAGUCCGACUCGCACCGUUUCCGGCUCGCGGUGGCUUCGCGGUCCAAGAAGGUUUCGACGGCCUUGUCUGAUAAUGGAAGCCCUCCGAAGUCGUUCGACUACGACUUGCUCAUCAUCGGAGCCGGCGUCGGCGGCCACGGCGCUGCUCUCCACGCUGUCGAGAAGGGUCUGAAAACCGCCAUCGUAGAGGGAGAUGUGGUGGGUGGAACAUGUGUUAACAGAGGAUGUGUUCCAUCUAAAGCUCUUCUUGCAGUUAGUGGUCGGAUGCGGGAGCUUCAAAAUGAACAUCACCUUAAGGCUUUGGGUUUGCAGGUUUCAGCAGCUGGUUAUGACAGACAGGGAGUGGCCGAUCAUGCAAACAAUCUUGCAUCAAAAAUCCGUUCUAGUUUGACCAAUUCAAUGAAGUCGCUUGGAGUGGACAUACUAACAGGUUUUGGUACAAUCCUGGGCCCUCAAAAGGUGAAAGUUGGAGCAUCGGAUAAAGUAGUAACUGCAAAAAAUAUAAUCAUUGCCACUGGUUCUGUUCCUUUCGUUCCUAAGGGCAUUGAAGUUGAUGGGAAGACUGUCAUUACCAGCGACCAUGCACUAAAAUUGGAGUCUGUUCCUGAUUGGAUUGCUAUCGUUGGAAGUGGUUACAUUGGUCUUGAGUUCAGUGAUGUGUAUACAGCACUUGGAAGUGAGGUUACUUUUAUUGAAGCUUUGGAUCAGCUUAUGCCUGGUUUUGAUCCUGAAAUUGGGAAGUUAGCCCAAAGGGUUCUAAUAAAUCCACGAAGGAUUGACUAUCAAACUGGAGUAUUUGCAAGCAAGAUCACCCCAGCAAAGGAUGGGAAACCAGUCAUAAUUGAACUAAUUGACGCAAAGACCAAGGAACCAAGAGAUACUCUAGAGGUAGAUGCAGCAUUAAUUGCCACCGGAAGAGCCCCAUUCACACACGGUCUUGGAUUGGAGAAUAUUGAUGUAGCAACACAACGUGGUUUUAUUCCUGUUGAUGAGCGCAUGAGGGUAAUAGAUGCAAAUGGCAAAUUGGUUCCUCACCUGUUUUGCAUUGGUGAUGCCAACGGCAAGAUGAUGCUUGCUCAUGCAGCAAGUGCACAAGGCAUUUCAGUGGUUGAACAAGUCACAGGAAGAGACCACGUGCUCAACCAUUUGAGCAUCCCCGCAGCUUGCUUCACGCAUCCUGAAAUCAGUAUGGUUGGAUUGACAGAGCCCCAAGCAAGGGAGAUGGCUGAGAAGGAGGGAUUUGAAGUAAGUGUUGCCAAGACAAGCUUCAAGGCCAACACAAAGGCCCUUGCAGAAAAUGAAGGAGAGGGACUUGCUAAGUUGAUAUACAGACCAGAUAACGGAGAGAUCCUUGGUGUUCAUAUCUUUGGAUUGCAUGCUGCAGACCUGAUUCACGAGGCAUCCAAUGCAAUAGCAUUGGGAACACGCAUUCAAGAUCUCAAACUUGCUGUCCAUGCACAUCCUACCUUGUCUGAAGUGCUUGAUGAACUUUUCAAGUCAGCAAAGGUUAAAGAGCAUGUUUCUAGCCCUCAAGCAGUCGCAGUCUAAGGUUCUCAAUACUCGGUAUAAAUUUUGAAGAUAUUUGCUUGUGAUAGGAAGUUUCAGAAAGUCAAAUUACAUGGAAAAUUACAAGGAGAGAAGAGAUCAGCACCCAGAGAAAAGUGGGGACCCGUGGGAAUCAGCCGUGGUCGAGAUUCGUAGUUUUGUUAAAGUGCUUGAAGAGAUACUUGUAUGUUUAAUGGUUAUAGCAUGGAGGCUUCAUGAGUUUUUUUCAUGGCACAUAGAGAAUUUAUUCAAGGGGCUUUGACCUAAUGCACAGAAUUAGGCCAACGUAUUUCCACUUGCACCACCAUUUAAAUGCAAAAUAACUGUUUUGGGCUUAAUUCAA